GAAACCCAACGUUAUUCCUAGUAGGAACCUAGUUCGGCCAUUACAAGGUACUCAUGCUUCGACACAAUUUUGGUUGCAUGAUCACACUUAUUGCAAGGAUGGCAGUAAGCCAAGGAGUAAUCGCAGUUGUUUCGUGGUUGGCUGCACAGCAAAGAGCAGCAAAGGUAUAAUCCUUCACAGCUUUCCGACAAAUAAGAGGAUGGCGAACGUAUGGUUAACUGCAGUGAAAACUUCCGGAAAGGUGACAAAAAGCGCAAAAGUCUGCAGUCAGCAUUUCCAUGAUAGCGAUUAUCGAACAGGUACCAAACUUCUUACCAAAAAUGCUGUUCCUUCUAUGAAUCUUCCUACCACGCUUCUACAAAAAACCGAAAAACAAAGGAUUGCUCAGAAUUCAUAUGCCCGGAAAUUUCAAAGUCCUCGGAAAAAUAAAGCAGUGCCUGUUGAAAACAGCUCUAAUUAUACAGGUGAAGGUGAAGCGCGUGCCAGUGCGACUGAAGUCGUUGAGAGCAAUUCGGAUCACUUUGAUGCUCAAGAUACGCAAGGUGAGGAUAAUCUGAGAUUGCUGGCUGAGUUGCCCUUCUUUGAGGAUGCAGCACAUGAGAAAAAGCAAAGCGAUGAAACUUCGAAGAAUCAACAUUUAAACCACGAUAAAACACCGAUUGAAUUUGCUUUCCAGGAAAUACGUAAAACAGAGAACAUGAUACUGAGCGAUCUUUUAGUAACUGACAAAGACAUAAAUGUCUGGACAGGUGUCCCGACUCUUGAACUCCUCGCUGCUAUAGCACUCGCAGUAAAGCAUUUAGAAGACCAUGUAUAUACGAAGCAGUACAAGAUGCACACUACAGAUCGUGUAAUCCUUACGAUGGCAAAAUUAAAGCAAAACAUAUCGUUCGUCGCACUAGCCACGCUGUUUCGAAUUUCUCCGUCAUCAGUAUCUGAAUAUUUUUCGCACACGGUCUUCUUAUUAUCUGAAGUGCUGGGCAGAAUGGUUUACUGGCCGUCGAUGGAGGAAAUUUCUCGCAAUAUUCCCUUCUGCUUUCAAGAAAGUUUUCCACGUGUGCGUUGUGUACUUGAUUGCACUGAAAUUGGGAUUAGUUGUCCUAAUUGUCUUAAUUGUAGAAUUUCGUGUUACUCCAAUUACAAGCACAAACGUACUGCCAAAUUUCUCCUUGGUGUUACGCCGGCAGGAUUGAUAAGCUUCUGUUCGCGAGCAUACUCUGGAAAAGCAUCUGACAAACACAUUUUCCUGAAAGAAAAUUUUAUCGCCAAGCUGGACAAACACAAAGAUGAGAUUAUGGUGGACAAGGGCUUUGCAAUCGAAUCUGAAUGUCUUCAAACGGAAUCCGGCUUCACAUUCCCCUAA